AUGUUCUUUACAACAAUAGGCACUUUGAAAUGGUCGUCAUUUUUUAGUGAUCUCCGUGCUUCUCCGGACAUAUUCUUAGGGAUAGAAAUGAUGCAUUGUAAUUAUUAUCGAAACUUGUGGUGGGAAAAGGGAGAAUUUAAUGAAAAAGCGAAAUGGGAUGAAGUAACCAUACCAUAUGUACUUGCUAAGGGUAUCACCUUAGAGGAUUAUGAAGAACGUGUAGAUAAAUUUAAGAUUCACGGAUGUUGGGAAUGGUCUAAUGGAAAAGUUAUAAUCUAUGAACUCUUGUCAGAGUCACACAAAGUAUGUAUUGGAUUAAUUACCAAGGAAAUAAUAAAAAGUUGCAUUAAUGCGGAUGGAACCGAUGCAGAGGUUUAUAGUUAUGGAUCAACCCGAACACAUGCCGACAGUUCCGCAAAGGAAGCUGAUGACUCAUUUCGUCCUGAAAAAUCGGCAGUAACUUCUCCCAACGGAAGCGAUGGAAAG